CACUGAACACACCACGUAUGAUAGAGAAAAAGUAAAGAUAGUGAAGAUUUAGCAAUUCACUCGUCUUAAAAGAAAAAUUUUUGUGUAAAAAAUCAGCAGAAGGCAAAUUGAUUUCCUAAACAACAAAAUUGCGCAUUUACGCAAAAGAUGUUCCGUAAAAAUUAUUGAACGUAGCGGAGCAAAUACAGUGCAAAGAGCUAUCAAGACAAACAAAUACAAAUACAUCAAAACAAGGAAGACGAAGAACAAAUUAUAUAGUAGUGAAAAUAUAAGCGCAAAACUGGUUAGGAAGCUAGAUAUUCAUUUCCAAAUUGCGAAAAGUGUUUGCGUCAAUGUGAGAAAACAAGGACUUAAAUGUUAUUUAAGGGCUGAAACGCAGUUUAAGCUAAAAAAUGUCCGAGGAGAUUUUGGGCGAAUUGCAUAAACUGGAAAUCACUUCAGGGGAUGCAACCCAUUUAGGGUCCCUAAAUCUUAUUGAUACUACAGAGUUACCAAUCGAUUUAAACCCAUUUUAUGAAGAUCAAACAGAAACAAACGAACUGAAGAUUGAAGAUGAUCAGUUGGCAUCGAAUUCUUUACAAACACAACGCAAUCAGGGCUGUCGACGUUGUAGAUUACGUCGUCGUUCGGAGAGUGUAGCUGAUGCUUACAAAUCGACCACCAUGGCUCUGAAUAUAAAACCUUCGGAUAACACUUGCUGGACACAUUCCACGUUAGGAGUUCAGCGACAAUCUUUAAAACAACGUCGCAAUAUAUUACACCCUCCAGUGUUGCGAAAACUGCAAAAUUUUCAGAAGCUGCUUCAAACAAUGCCUGCAGAAAAAAUUGAACAAACGCCGGCAUCUGCGGUGGUUAAUCCUUGUAUUUCGCCAAUAAGUAAUGUAGUUUCGUCUAGUUCGAGCCGAGGAAUAUGUGAUUUCCGUGAUUUGAUUUAUGAGUGUCAAAAUUUAUUGGAGUUGGAAGAUGACGUGAAAAGGCGAUAUGGUUUAGUAAGUCCAGAGCAACAAUUUUCAACAAAUUUUACAACUAUGCAACCGUAUAUGCCACCCAGAAGCCUAUUCAGUAGCAAAGAGAGAAAAAGUUUUGGCCAGAGUGGUAUACAACCAUGUUCACCGGAAAGGAAUACUGGGACCAGUGCUCGGUCCACUGCCAGUACGUCGUGCUCCCAACAAGCAAGUAACAGCGUCGUUGCUGUAGGCAACAAUGGUAGUAGCAGUGGCGACGAUGUCACCAUCGAUGAGCUUGCUAGCUAUUUUGACACAUUUGUACACAUACCGAAGAAGAUGUCAACAAUGGCUGAAAUGAUGUAUAUAUAAAAAGGAGAAGUAGUUAGUUGUAGGCAUGCGAAUCAUGCAGAUUUUAAUAAUCAACGUCGCUACCGUGCAGCGGCGUUCACAAACGAACAAAUACUUAAGAGUAUCGCUGAAGAAACAUCCGUUGGAGAAGAUUUUUAUCAAAGUAUUCAAGCUGAGUAGACAGCGUUGUGCGAAUCCACAAUAUAAUUAUUUCCUGUUUUUAAUAAUGGCUAUAAAUUACAGAAAUUUGAAUUUAUAUUAUUAUUUAUAUGGUUUACAUGAAUGGAUUAUAUUAUUUAUAGCUAUGAUUUAUGUAUGUAGCUUAUAAUAAAUUAUACUAAGUACUA